UCGCGGUCCCUCCUCGCUGGGCCGGCCUGCCAGGCAGCGCUUCUUCUUCCGCCGCGCGGGCAGCGCCGGGCUAGAAUCAGCCGCGGACAAUGGCCUCCCGGGCGGCAUGCGCCCCGCGUUCCGACAACCCCGCCACCUACUUCCGAAGGACGCGGCCGUUUUUCGUGGUGGUGAUCGUGGCCGCCAUGGUCUACUAUGGUUGUGCUGUCUUUGCGCCUUCAAUAAUCCCCUAUGAUGGUCUGGGUCCAUUAGGAAGAUUCACAAAAUAUCUGCAGGAGAACCACAAAACUCUUUUCCAUGUAGUAUAUCUGGCGGCUUGCUUAUUUCAUAUCGGAGAAGCAUUCUUGAGUAUCUGGUUAUGCAAUAAGAAAGGCAUCACGGACAGCAAGACUCAGCUUUGUUGGUUCAUUCAGACCCUGUUGUGCGGAAUCGCGUCGCUUUAUUUUCUGCUAGUUUAUAAGCCGCACAAGAAAACCCAGUGAAGAAUUGGAACGG